AUGAAGGCCCCGGGCACCUGGCGCCGCCUGCCGAUCGCCCUGCUGGCGAUCCUGAUCGUCCGCGCGUCCGCCCAGCGGCAAGGUGCACCGGCUCUCAAUUGUUCGACAUUUUUCGGUGGCCCAGUGGGUCCCUCCAACACAACUCUUAUCGUUGCCCAUGAGCAAAUCAACAGAGUCUCUGGCGACCUGCAGUUGCUGGUGGACUGCGUUCCGCCAGAUGGGAAGCUUUUGUUCAAUGUGUCCAAGGUGCAACCACUGAAGAGGAUCGUGAUAGAUAAGCCACUUGUGCUGGGUUCUCACAUUGCUGCUCUAGGAAGUGCUGCAGCGGAUGACCUGAAAAUGGUCCUGGAAUGCCCAGAGGGUGAUGGUGUCUUGCUGUUGCGGUCCCAUGGUGUCCGCAUCGUGGACAUAGCUUUUGCUAACUGCCGGACAACCUCAGGUGUCGCCCCUGUACAGCUGCAAAACUGCAAAGUUGCCAAUUCUUCACGAAUGGCUGAAUCGGUGCGCUUUCUCCGAACAGCGUUCCAUUCCAACGAAAACCAGAAUGGCACGGGUGGGGCGCUGUCUGUUUCCAACUGCACGGCCAUCUUGGAAGACUCUACGUUUGUUGACAACAAGGGCGUGGAUUCAGCAGCCAUCGAUGUCGCCAAGGAGGGGGUUGUGAGUGUGCUGCGGUGUGACUUCUUCAACAACACAGCGGCUUCAACUGGCGGAGCACUGGGCGCCAAGGGGCAGAUGUUGACCAUAGAGGAGUGUAGAUUUGCCAGGAACAGAGCAUCUGCAAAUGGCGGGGCUAUAUUUUCCCAGUCGGUGGCAGAAGCAAGCAUCAGCAUCUCGAGUUCCCUGUUUGAGGGCAAUGAGGUCUUGACCCUGGACAAGAUCGGUGGCGGUGCAAUCUUUCUGGAGGGUCGGGGUGUCAGCUGCUCCAUCAGCGACGAUGUCAAAUUUCUAAGCAAUAGAGCCGCCCUGGCAGGUGGGGCCAUCGCUGUCGUGAAUGGAACAAAUCUGUCCCUUGGUGAUUCAACUUUUUUGCGGAAUGCAGCCAGCCGGGGGGGAGCCUUGUACAUUGAGUCAGAGCCCGACGUCACCGUGUCUGCAAAGAAUGUCGUAUUUGUGAACAACUCAGCAGGGGGCGCUUCCCAUCACGGCGGUGCGGUCGAGCUAUGGCGACCCGGUGCAACACUCAACCUGCUUGGAAAUGUCACCUUCAUGGGCAACAAAGCCCAGGGCACUGGUGGGGCUGUCUCCAUGGGCAGAGGCGCAACGCUCAAUGUCACCAAUGCCCUGUUCUUGAACAACAGUGCUGUGGGUGGCGGUGCAAUAUCACUUCAGCCAUACGCAGCGAAGAGCGUAAUGCUGGUGUCAGACACACUGUUUGAGAGCAACAACGCAUCUGCCGAUGGCGGUGCAGUUGUGCUGAUGUCAGGCAGGGCAAGGGUGCUGCUGUCCAAGGCUGUCAGAUUCGUCAGCAACUCAGCUGCCAGGUUAGGGGGGGCUGUUGCUGCUUUUGAUGCGGCCAGCUUCAACUCCACCAGUGCAGUGUUCACAUCGAACUCUGCAGGGGAGGGUGGGGCGCUGUAUGUCAAGGCAACUGGUCAAAAUUUCCUGACCAUCGUGAACUCAACUUUCAGCCAGAAUAUGGCAAGAUCCACAAACGGCACCAUCCUUGGGCAGGGAGGGGCUAUCAGCAUUUCAGGCCCGCUUGGCAAUGGCACAGUCAGGGAAUCUGUAUUCCUGUCGAAUGUUGCCCAACAGUCGGGCGGUGCCUUGAAGGCAUACAACUCUGUAGCCUUGCAUCUGACUGCGUGCAGUUUCUCAAACAACACAGCAAAAGGAGAGGGUGGAGCGGUGGCCGUAGAGGGUGUCUCAAAGAGAUUCGCGGUGUCUGCAUCAUCGUUCACCAACAAUGCAGCAGCUGAGGCGGGGGGUGCCAUCCACAUGGGCGGCAACUACACUGAAGUCGAACUGCAGAGCAUUCGCUUUGCAAGGAAUGCUGCAGUGGGGGGUGCGGGCGUGGGUGGAGCCAUCCACUCUGUGAGCACCAAGUUAUACCUGAAUGUCACAGGGCGAACCAUCUUUGAGGACAAUAUUGCAGCAGUUGGUGCAGGCUGCGAUGUCAGGUUUGCCAUUGGAGGGAAUCUGAAACUUCGAGACGCUCAGUUUCGUCGGAACCAAGCCAUUAUAAGGGGCGGUGGCCUCAGCGUGUCUUCAUCUGCCUUCCUGCCUAUUGUCCUCGAUGGCGUCUCGUUCUCCUGGAAUGAGGCCCAGCAGCUGGGCGGGGGCUUGGCACUGUCAGAGCUGAGGGAGAUGAACAUCACCAUGUUGCAUGCUGCCUUUUUCAACAACAGCGUGGUGGCCCAUGGGGGUGCCAUGAGCAUAGAUACCUCCUCCUCUCUGGGUCUGAAGCUGGUGGAUGUUGAGUUCGCCGACAACAUCGCAGGGGCCAAUGGUGGGGCUGUACAUAUAGAAUCCCACACUGCUAUCCUUCGUGGAGGUGCCAUCGAUGCUCACAUGGGCCCACAAGUCCGCUUUAGUGGAAAUCAGGCACAGAGGGGCCAUGGUGGUGCCAUCUUUGUCACUGGGACAGGGGUGCUGGAGAUUAUGGGCGAUGGCAUCCAGUUUGAUGACAACAGUGCAGUUCACGGUGGAGCCAUCUCCUCAAAUCCAUCCACAAAUGACACAAGCAUUACCUUGAUGUCGACACUCUUCCUGAAGAACCAGGCGGACACCGGUGGAGGUGCCAUUGAACUGGGUCAGGCAACCAAGCUGGCCCUUAAGUCCUCAGUGUUUAGGGCGAACACUGCCAACAGCACAAGUGGUGGUGCCAUCCAUGUGACCAGCUGCUCAGAUCUCACAGUAGCAAACUCGACUUUCACAGAGAAUGGGGCAAGGCUGGAGGGUGGCGCACUGUUCAUUGAGCACUUCGACUCAGACCCCUCCAGGAAGGCCACAGUGUCCAUAUCAGGCUCCAGAUUCAUCAACAACAGUGCCGGCAGCAUGCUGGCUGUGGGUGGCAAGCAGGUGCCCACGUCUGGCAGGGGAGGGGGUUGCCUCCUCAGGGGCAGUGCAGUCAGCAGCCGGGUGGUAGACAGCAAGUUCAAAGGCAACAAGGCGGCAGAGGGUGGUGCCCUACACUGGGCAGAGGGUGACAUGCAGAUCGACAACACCAGCUUUGUGGGGAACACCGCGAUGCUGGGUGGCGCCUGCUUUCUGGAGCUCAGUGCACAAGGGGCUGAAGCCAAUGGGCCAGUGAUUGUGGUCCUGAUGGCAGACUCCACCUUCCUGGACAAUGAGGCGCUGCUGGGUGGUGCCAUGUUUGCACACUCAUCGGGCACCUGUGUCAAGGCCCUGAGCACACCUCCAGUGCAGUCCAUCAACAUCAGCUCUGGCUACUUUGCCAGAAACAUUGCCAGCGAAGCGGGCGCCGCCCUCUACAUCGGCGGGGUCAGGGUCAGCUGUCACGAAUGUGCAUUCUGGUCCAACAGGGUUUCUGGGGAUGUGCGAGGGGGUUGCGGAGGGGCCAUGAAGGCUGUGGACCAGGCCAUCGCAAAUGUGACAAACUCGGUGUUUUGGAACAACGGGGCGCCCAAUGGUGGUGCCUUGUGCGUUGACAACUCUGUGUUCAACGGCACGCUUGUGAACUUCACGCGCAACCUGGCUAUGCAUAACGGGGGAGCUGUGGAGGUGUUGGGUUCAAGGUCGAAGCUGAUCCCAGGGGAUGUGCUGAUGGGGUGCAGGGACUGCCACCUGAUGGAGAACCAGGCAACUGACGGAGGUGGAGUCCAUUUCCUCGUCCAGAACUCGAGCAGCGCUGAGGUCUGCAACCAGCUGCAGGACAGCCCCUCCACCUUCGAUGCCGUGAACUGGCUGCUGGUGUGUGGCGCCGAUGGCACCCCCAUCCGUGACCUGCAGAUCCUUCUGGAAAACACUACGGUGCUUAACAACAUGGCCACACGCUCCGGGGGCGCCCUCUUUACCAACGUGCCCGAUGCCGUGCGUGUCUGCUGCAACUGCUCGAUGAGCGCCAACCCCAGUCAGCUGCAGGAGGGCCUCUUCCUUGGGUCAAGCUUGCUGAAGGCCCUGGCCGGAGUUUGCACAUCGCAGUGGGUUCCCAACAUGGUUCUAAGCGAGGGUGUGGAUGGCAAUGUGUUUGGGACGUCCAUCUCCCGCAUCAGCCUGAGGCCGAGCUCAGUUGCGGAGCACAGGAGCGGCACUCCACUGGAGCCGAUCCAAGUCGUGUUGCAAGACGAGUUUGACCAAGUCGUGAGGGACUCGAGGACGCUGGUCAGCGUGUCGGCGCCCUCCAACGACUCCAUCAGGCUUCUGGGCCAGAUCGUCAGCAUGGCAGAGAAUGGAGUUGCGGUGUUCGAUGGUCUCAUUGUGUGGGCCUUGCCGGGAACGUACACGCUGACAAUGCGCUUCAUGCCUGAUGAUCCCCUUAGCACGAUCGAGCCUGUGCAGUUCACUGUAGCCAUCCGGGAGUGUCUGGUGGGGGAGGUGGAGGCCGAAGAUGGGUUCCAGUGCAAGGUGUGUUCAUAUGGCUUCCACGGUCUUGACCCCACCAAGGAGGAGUGCACCCCCUGCCAUGCCAAUGCCUUCUGCAACGGCACGACCAUCACCCCAAAACUGGGCUUCUGGCACUCCAGCUCCAAGUCCACAGAGGUGCAUGCGUGCAUCGUGGCAGAUGCUUGCCUGGCUCCAAGGGCCCGCCUCCAGGAGGCCGUGGGGAAUGCCUCUGACGAGACUGUGUUCUUUGGGGACGAAUACCCGCAGUGCACGCCAGGGUACGAUGGUGUGCUGUGUGGCAGCUGCUCCGAUGGCUAUGGGCAAGUCAGGGUGCACCAGUGCAAGGAGUGCACAUCGACGCUGGGCAGUGCAGCGGGUUUUGGGGCUGCAGUGAUGGUGACUGUGCUGAUUGCUGCCAUCUUCAUCAGACGCACUGACCAUGCCUCUGCCAUGGCAUUCGAACGCAUGCACCUGAACCACGCGUCUGUCAGGGAGCCCCUCCGGGGCCCUCUGAGGCCACGGAGAUCGUCCUUCUUGGGCAUGACCAGCUUUCCAUUGUCUUUGCUGCCGGGCUUCUCCAGCACCACGAUCGAGAUGGUUGGUAUGGAUGGGGAAGGGGACCCAGCAGAGAGCAAUCUGGCUGGCCUUGUGGAUGGCACAGCGACAUCGGAUGGGGGCCAGAAAUGGAACCACAGGUCUGAGGAGGCACAUCGCAGAUCUGUUCGAGUUGUGGAGAUCCUCAAGAUCACGGUGAACUUCCUUCAGGUCACAAGUGCUGCCGCCCUGCUGCGUUUUAACUGGACCACUGUGAUGAUUCGUAUCUUGGAUGUGCAAGACCUCCUCUCUGGCUUCUCCAAUGGCAGUGGUCUCUUCUCCCUGGAAUGUCUGUUCCCAUCUGGCCUCCCAGUUCCAAAGUCCAUCCUUGCCAUCUCCAUCGGCACCAUCACGCCCCUGCUGCUGGCUGUGAUCUGCUGCCUCUCCUGGCUGCUCGCCACCUGCAUGCGGCGCUCUGGCUGGCUGCACCUUGUGCAGCGCUUGGUCAUGACCUACCUGGUGGUCGUGUACCUGGCGUGGUGGGACACCUGGAACCGCCUGUUUCGGGUGUUCCACUGCACAAAGGCAGACGUAGGCGGGGGCCCCUUUGCCACCGCAGGCUCGCGCUACUGGCUUGAGGACACAGACGUGGAGUGCUUCAAGGACGGCCACCUGCACAUGGCCAUUGGACUGGGCCUGCCAACCUUUCUGGUUCUCAGCCUCACCUGGGGCUUCAUGCUGGGGUAUCUGGUGAUGGGCGUGCGGCGACACAGGGACCGUCAGUACAAUGUUGCCAUGUUCGGCUUCUUCUAUCAGGGCUUCAGGCAGGAGCGGUGGUACUGGGACGUGGUGGUGAUGCUACGCAAGCUCAUCCUUGCUGGCCUUGUGGUGGCCAGCUACGACGAUGAGCACGGCAGUGAGGAGAACAUCGCAGGGGUGUCUGCAGUUGUGCUGCUGGCCAUAUCCCUGGUUGCUCAGGCCUAUGCUAUGCCCUACCGCGAUUUUGCAGCCGACCUGAACCAGCUUGAGAUGGCCUCUGUGGCAUCAUCCCUGAUGGUGUUCCUUUCUGGUGUCAUCUUCAACCAUGAAGAGCUGUCACAGAUCGGCAGGCUGGCGUUUUCCACGCUCGCCAUCUGUGCCAUAGCGGCCACCUUGGGGAUGGUCCUGUACAAGUUGGUGAGGGCGGGGAGGGGUUCGGGGGCCAAGGGGGAGGUUUCCGGCAGCUGGGUGGGGUCGUGGUUGGCUCGCAUGGGCUUGAGGUGA